GUAUCUGAGUUCCGAGAUUUGUUUAUGUGAUCGUAACUAGUAUUGCUACAAAUCUUAAGAACUAAUUUUGAUGCUUGACUUAUGUUCAUUUGAUAGUAGAUAAUUGCUAUAAUAAAUAGACACAUAUGUAUUUAUACGGAAUAAUUUAAAAUAUUUAACAUAUUAAAACAUUCAUCUUUUUCUUUCUUUUGUAAAAAAAUAUUUAAUCCCUUUUUUUAACUUUUUUGAACAUAUUAUGCAUGUUUUAUAACAUAGGAUUUUCUUAAAAUUCAAAUAGCAUUUAAUAGCAGCUUUUUUAUUGUGCUAAGGUUAUAGUAAAGGGAAUCAUUUAUACAUUAUUGAUGUACAAUAACAUUUAUAAAAUUAUUUAUUGGCAGCUAAUAAUAUAUAAAAUUCUAUAAGUCCUACAAGGAAUAUUUCUUAUUUUUUCCAUAUUCCAGUGAUAGAUACCUACAAAACAAUAAUAGGAGUCUUUUCAGAGAAAAAAUACUAUUUUUAUUGUUCUACUUUUAGAAACGAAAAAAAGGAAUAUUCUGUAGUUGGUUUACAGCAAUUUAAAAUAAACAGACCAUUAAAUCGUAAAUCAAUUUGCCAUGUUUAUGUUAUGAAGGUUAUAUUGACAUUAGUAUAAAAGAUGGAACAGGAUUUGAAGGCGAAAAUCGAUCAGGCUUGUCGAACAGCCGAAGAAUUUACAAAACUUUAUUAUGAAAGUUUAGAUAAACGCAGAUAUCUUAUAUCAAGGUUAUAUUUGGAUACUGCGACUUUAAUAUGGAAUGGGAAUGGUAUUGAAGGCAAAGAUAACAUACAGAAAUUUUGGACAGAUUUGCCACCUUCAGAUCAUUCUAUUUUUACUUUAGAUGCUCAACCAAUAACGGGUCCUGAGGUGGCAGAUCAAUUAACAUUUCUUGUAAAAGUUGGAGGGCAAGUAAAGUAUGACGAUAAAACAUCGAAACCAUUUAACCAAAGCUUCUUAAUUGCAGCUAUGGGAGAUAAGUGGAAAAUUGUAAGCGAUUGUUUCCGAGUACAAGAAGCAAUAGAAAAUGUAAAUUGAAAUAUAAAAUAAGUUAAUUUA